AUCACCGCCGCCGCCUGCCUUGUAUAAACGCCCAUGCGACCGAACGUUGGGCCGAAGUCUUGCCAAGCUAUUGGGCGAUGUGUUUUUCGUUGCCAUUUGGCUCAAGCGGUUAAGGCACAAGGGACAGCGUUGUGAUGGCACGCGUAACCCUUUUUCGUGUUUGUAGGUGAUGCCUUUCCCUGCUUCGUCUACAGUCAGACAUCCCAGCUCGGAAAUGAAUGCCUCAAAGGACGGCACGGACGGCACAGGAUGUCAGUCGCGCAACGCCGAAGGAUGUGAGUCGCAGGGCCUGCUUGAGGCUGCCCAUACGAUCCCCGUGAGGGCACCAGCAACGUCGCAGUACCGCCAGAGACUGCAAUACGCGGUGGUGUUGGUUGGUCUGGUGGCGGUCUUGUCAGCCUCUGUGUCUUUCACAGUGCGCAGAAGUCUGAGGACAGCCUCAAGUUUUCCAGAACGUUUCCUGAGUGACAACGGCACCACAAUCUACGAGCCCAUGAUUUUCAAUUUGAACAAGACAGGGGAAAGUUGUGCGAAUAUUGAUAAGAUAGGCGUUCUUGGUUUCAACGUCAGCAGUGAUGUCGAGUGCUCUGUAUGGUGUCAAUCCUUGGUGAACUGUGUGCAGUUCAUUUACAGCCCAGAAUAUUUGGAUGACCGAGGCUCGUCGAAUUGUAGGGUUCUCAUGGACUGGUGCGAUCUGAAGCCUGCCCCUGGCUGGAAUCUGUACGACGGCGCGGGUGGCAAGAUCAUGAACAACGGUCUCGUGUUCGGCUUCGAUGCGCACUGGACGAUGGAGGGGAGCCAGCAGUGGGUCUUCCAGGGCGGCAACCUGGGUUGCCCCAGGGACACGUUCUGGUGUCCUGCAAGCGGCGUGGAGGAACUGGUCGUCGCAGGGCCGCCCCCGCGGGAGCGCUGGGAGGCCGUGUUCAACUUCAUCGUGGCCGGGAGGAGACAGCCAGGCGACUACAGGCCCAGCUACAUCUGCGAGGACGCGUCCAGGCCGCUUGUCUUCGCGACCGCACGGAUCAACCCCUUCGGCUUCGGCAGCAGGAUGAACAAUUUUGCCAACGAGGUUCUCUGGGCCAUGUGGGCCGGGGCGCCGCUCGUCCUGUGUGCGCGGGCCGGCGCGCACGACAGUUGGCCGACGUACUUCGACCCCGUGGACUUCGCGCGGUGUAGCGACUGCGGCGACGCACCCUCCGUCUUCGCGAGCGGCAGCUGCGCGGGGGCGUUCGCCAGCCGCUCCCUGGACGAGGCGUCCGUUGGGGACCUCAAGCGCUUCGUGUACUCGAAGGUAUUCCGGUUCAACUCGCGGGUCAUGGAGCGGCGUUCGGCCCUCCUCGAGAGCCUCGCCAUAACAGGUGCGCCCUACGUUGGGGUCCACAUGCGGCGGGGCGACAAGAUCAACGAGACUUUGGCGGGGCAGCCCGGACGAUACAUAGGGGUGGAGGUAUUCGCAAAGGAGGUCCGCAAGCAGUGCCACGCCCUUGGCAGGCAGGCGUGCGCGGUCUACGUGGCGAGCGAUUGGUCGGCCGCUCGCGGUGAGCUGCAGGAACAGCUUCCGGAGAUGGUGGUCGUCUCGCAGGGCCGCUUGUCACCCGAGCUGUACAAAGUGAGGAACGAUGACUGGGAGGACGAGGCCGCCAAGGACGCGGAAGAGGCGAGCUUUGUGCUCGAUCUGAGCAUGUUGACCCAUGCCAGUGUAUUCAUAGGCACGGCGACCAGCAACGUCGGCAGAUUUGUUUAUUUUUUGCGACCUGGGAACGCAACGAGCAUUUCGCUCGAUUGCGGAGGCAGUUUCCUCAUGCUCAAUUGUUGAGCGGCAAAUGGAGCAUGCAAAUGUAUGGACUCGCACUUGCGGCCUUCAGCGACAUAAUCGCAUGAUUAUCUGACAUUUCGUAGCGGCAGAUGGGGACUAAGGUUUUCUUUGCGUUGGCGUUCGCCCUUUCGCGAAAUAUAGUGUGCCUUGAAUUGUAGCAACACUAUCUGUUGAUGCUACGGCCAUCAGCCAUUUCAGAAUUCGCAUUGAUUCUACAUCCGUUGCGUUAGCUUUUGUUUACAGGAGGUCCCUGAGAUUUUCCUUGAUUUCAUAGUAUCUCCUGCCACCUACGACGUGCGGCUCAGACAUGGUGAAGCACAGACGAUUGCACGUGAGGUUGCGAGGCGUAAUUCGAAGCUCCUUCUGGUGCACGCACCCCGGCCGUGCGGUCCAGAUGUAUGUAAUGAGGCACGGUCACGUGCGUGUGAGGCUGCGUGGCGUGAUUCCAAUCUCUUUCUGGUGCACGCACCCCGGCCCAACGGCUGCUGCAUGACUUUAGCAUUGGAGCCCAUAGCAGGUGCCAUGCCGAUGGGUCAGCUAAGGCAGGGCAUUCAGGUAUACGAACAGAGGGGACUGUCCAUGAUCACGUGCUCGAUUGUGCCGAAUCGGGUCGUAUCGUCGCCAAAGGGCAGAAGUUCCAAGCUCAUGCUGCUUAUACCCAUCCACACUCUAGUAAGGAGCAAGCUGGCGCCAAUGUAGGCUCGCCAGGCUUGAACUGGUGGAUGUGAGAUACCGACGCGCUGCGAAAACUUAUGGGAAAAC